AUAUGUACCUGACGAUUAUGUAAAAGUUCUGGUUGCUUAAUAAUGGCGAAACAUUGUGUUAAUCCAACGGAAACGAGAAGAAAACGUUGCUAAAAUUUUCUUCCGUCUGUAUAUUAUUUUUCUAAUCCAAAUAAAUUUUUUACAGAUUAAUGCCACGCUUGCUGAUGCCGAUUGUUCAAAUAAAUGAGUUUCAAACACCACAGAACAGAACCCCGAGAAAACGGGGUCGUCCUCGAAAAAUAAGCACCUCACUGGAAGCAACUGAAACGAAACCAAUAAAGAAAGAAUCAGACAACACAGAAGAGGAUCAAAACGACGAAAAAAGUAUAGAUUUGAAUGAUGAUAACAUAGAAAUCGAAGUCGAUUUCAGUGAUAAAGCUUCAGAGGGAGGCGAAGUCGCGAAAUAUUUCUGUCCCAACUGCGUCACUCUUCAGACUAUGACCGAAAAAGAGUUGAGAAAACACUUCAAAGUAGCGCAUAGAGGCAAACGUCUCCGAAACAUCCACCUCUAUUCUGGCGAACUACUCAAGUGCGAAAUAUGCCCGAAACAAUUCAAGACAAACAAGAGCUUAAAAGAACACCUGGAAUUCCACAGUAAUCAAUACACUUGCGAGACGUGCUACUCGUGCUUCCGAAAGAUCGGCGAGUACAUCAUUCAUCUUCGCGCACAUUCGGAAGAGAACAUCUUCAAGUGCGUCGUGUGCGAUUACAGCACCGAAUCGAUAAACGAGAUCAAAGGUCACAUUUCGGACGAUCACGAGGGCAACACUUACAAAUACAAGUGCGUUGUUUGCGACAAAGGUUUCCACUUGUUGUCGUGGUUCGAAGAGCACAACAACUUUCACACAGGUACCAAACCUUUCGAGUGCGAUUUUUGCGGAAAAUUCUUCAUGUACAGCCGCCACUUGUACGUGCACAAGAAGACGACCCACGGAGUCGAAGGCGAGCCAGUUUUGCACGAAUGCGUCGUGUGCAAAAAGCAAUACCAACACAAAAACAGCCUGAAACUGCACAUGAACGUGCACACCGGUAACUUAGCCAUUUGUGACAUUUGCGGCAAGCAGCUGUCGAGUAAGGAGAAGCUGAAGUUUCACAUGAGAACCCACACGGGUUAUAAACCGUUCAGUUGCAACUACUGCGGCAAGUGUUUCACUAAAAAACCGAUCCUUGUGGAACACGAACGUAUUCACACCGGCGAGAAACCGUACGGUUGUCAGUAUUGCUUUAAGGCUUUCUCGCAAAGGUCGAGCUUGGUCAUACACGAACGCGGUCACACCGGCGAGCGCCCUUACGUCUGUCAUCUCUGUACCAAAGGGUUCGUUUCCAGGGCCAUGCUCAACAUACACAUCAGGUCUUGUAAAGGCUAUCUUAAGUAAGAGAGAUUACAAGGGCUGUUAACGUUACUAUACAAUUGCGUAGGAAUGUUUUAAGUUAUUUUUUAAUUACCUACACGUAGUGCUUGAAUUCAGUGUUUGACAUUGACUUGGUUACUACACAAUGAACUUUAUAAAUAAAUAAUAAUCAGUAGAGAUAGGUGUUAAUACACAUACAUAUAUAUAGGUGCAUAGUACGGUUCCCUUAUUGGGAAACUACCGGGGUCAAGCUGAUAAUCAGUUUUUCCGAAUUUCGCGAUAGUUCAGUCAUUUCUUCUAAACAUUUGCGCCAUUUUGUACUGUCGCCAUUUGCCAAAGUCUCCUCCUUGUUCAGGCAUAUUAAUUAAUAACAAAUUAAUCCUGAAAUUAUACCGUGUGAUCAAGGAUGGUAAGUCGACAAGAGGCGAUCUAUUACAGUGAAACAUCAAACAUUUUCAGUCAUUUACAUCACAAGUCAAAAUAUGUUGAAAAAUAAUUCAUAUCCGAAGUGGUCAAAUUAGGAAUUCAGCAGAAAAAGCAACAUGUUAUGAUCACAGGAUUAUUUACCUAUCUAACGAUCAAUAUUUCUACGUACAUAUUGAUUAAAUGAUUACCUAUACUUUAAAAAAAAUCGAUAUAUAAUAUUUCGAUACCAUUCUCUAGAUUGGGCUACCGCGAGAAUCGAAAAAAGAAGAUUGAUUUUGGAAUACUUUAGCAUCACUACAAUAUCUCGCCCAGUUUUGAUGAUUUUUUAUGACGUUUUUAAUUCAUACUCAUUGUUUAUUUUAUAAUAAGAAAAAAAAACUGAUUUAUAAUUCUUCUGAUACUUUUAACUGAAUAAAUAUUAAGUGAAUCGAUUAAUUUUAUGUAGGGUAAGUAAAAGUCUUUUGUUCAACAAAAUAUGUAUUUCUGAAUGGAGAAGACGUUUUUGUAAUAUUUGUGAAAUGUAAUAAAAGUUACGGUCCCAUGUCAGAGAGUACCUACAAUUGGUACUUUUAUGGUCAUUUACACGUAGUGUAUUGUUAUCAGACUAAUAUUGUAAAUGAUUUUAUUAUAUGCGAACACACAUUUAUUAUAACGCUCUGUAUUUAUAGAUAAUUUUUUGUCGAAACCAUUAGGACGUAAUAAUUAGCGAAUAUGUAAGUAAUAAGCAACAAGUUGAAUGUAAGGAAAAUUAUAUUAAUAAAUAAACUAUUAAAUGUCCCGCACUAUCAUAAAACUUUGACAAUAACAUAAGACUUGUUUAAGUGUGUUUUUGGGACUUCCUGUACUUGACAAUGGAAUGGUAAGUUUGUAAAAUUUUUAACAAUGGUUAAUUGUAUUUUUUGUAGGUUUACAAGAGCACGAGUUCGUCGUUUUUUAUGGAUAAAUAACAGGGGAAACUCCAUUUACAGCUGGAAAUUUAGUUCGCAUUUUGUUGUGUUUCCAUAAUUUUUUGUGUUUUUAUCUUUUUAUGAGUCAUGUUAUUUUUAGAACAUACUGGGAAAUUCAAAGAAGCGAUUCGUUUAAAAGAUAAACUUCAGAAAUGCGCAUAUUUUGGAACUUACAAAUACAACAGAAAGUAUAUGCAGGAUUUAUCAUUUUUCCAUUUUUUUCUUUAUCUGUUUUACGUUUUAGCGAGUAUUUCUUCACACCGGCAUUUGAUCACCCUGAUGUUAGAAAUAACAGACAAUUUAUUUGAUUUUGUUUAUUGUCACUGGCGGUUUAACAGGGUAAUAAACAAAACCAGUUUUACUCAAAAAAUGUGAUUGUUCGCCCAUUAAAAUUACAAUAAAAUUGAAAAGUGG